AUGAGGAAAGCGUUGGAAGUUAGCGCAGGAACUCUCCUGUUGUUGGUGCUUAUGGUCCAUCGAGCAAGUUCCGCCGGAAACACAGUGCAUACGGUUAACCAAACUGAUCACUCGCUCGAUUCGGUUUGUGUUGGUUUUAAUGCGGGAAUAAUUCCUCACCCGGAUCCUUCCAGGUGUGACGUGUACAUAACGUGCACAUUUCAGCAACCGACUGCCCACCAUUGUGCCGAGGAGUUUAUCUUUGAUCCGAUCUCGCUAACCUGCAUCGAAGGUGAUCGUGAUCAGUGCCCGGAACGAAAUGAGCCCGACCUGCAUGAGCUUUGCGUGGAUGUGUCGUACGCGGUUUACCAGCAUCCCAGUAUGUGCUGGGAGUUUGUGCUCUGUUUGCUCGGUACAGUAAAUCGUUUUUCGUGUCCGGUUGGUGAGAUCUGGUCACAGCAAGACGGUGCCUGUAGGCCGGGAAUUUGGGAUACCUGUGAGGUGCUGAACUUUGAAACUUACUGUCACGAUCGUCCGGAUGGUGUGUUGGCUCAUCCACUUGACUGUGCCAGUUAUGUACAGUGUGACAGCGCGAAUACAACUAUCGUUCAUUGUCCACGUGGACUAGUGUACGGAGAACUGGCGGGAGAGUGUGUCGCGGGCAAUACGGAAACGUGCAGGGGUAUCGAUAGCUUCUGCGAGGACGCAAUCGAUGGGACAGUUCUGGCCCAUCCGAAUGAGUGUGAUAUGUUCGUUUCAUGCCAAGAAGGGUCUGCAAGCGCUCAUCACUGUCCGGCAGGCGAGAUACUCAACGAGCAGGCUCAGUUCUGCGCUCCUGGCAAUCCCGACACCUGUCAGUUAGAUCCAGUGGAGACAAUGUGCCAGAACGCAACCAAUGGUGCUAUGUUCCCACUGCCGGAUGAUUGUACGCAGUUUGUUAAAUGUAACGGCGGGAAAUCUUCGGCGAUGAAAUGCCCAAUGGGACAGAUCCUGCACGCUGCCAGUGGAUCCUGUCGACCAGGCAAUACCGAUACAUGCGAGUUAGUUGGAAGCGUAUGCCAAGACCAACCGGAUGGUUUCAUGAUUGCGCAUCCGAGUCAGUGUUCGAUGUUUAUUACGUGUCAAGGUGGUGCCGUACGAAUCCAGUCUUGUCCCAAGAAGGAAAUCCAUCGUGCAGAUGCUCAGUUCUGUGUCCCGGGAAAUUCGCUCACCUGUGAGUUUGAGCCAAUCGAUCGGAUGUGCGUAGGAAAGACCGAAUCAGUAAACUAUCCACAUCCAACGGAUUGCUCAAUGUACGUGGUGUGUCAUUUGCAGAAAGCACUCGCUCAAAACUGUCCAUCUGGCAGCAUUUACGAUGCACCGUCACGCUCCUGCAUUCCUGGAAACGAAUCCACCUGUGAGCCGUUUGAUGGCAUUUGCUCCGGUCGCUCGGAUGGGAUCAUUCCCCAUCCGACCGUAUGUACCGCUUUCGUCUAUUGCUCCUCUGGUCAGCCAGUGUUUGAACAGUGUGCACCGGGUACGAUCUACAAGCAAGGAUCGAGUGGUUGCGUGGUGGGCAAUACGGAGACUUGCGCACACGCCACAAACGUCUGCUCCGAUCACCCCGAUGGAGCAACGAUGGAACAUCCUAAUGAUUGCAGUCUCAUGGUCACGUGUAUGAUGCAACAACCAGCUGUGUUCUUCUGCCCUGAAGGUGCAAUAUUUAACAAGAAAGCUAAAUUUUGCUCGCCCGGAAAUGCCAAAACCUGCCAACUACAUCCGGUAGAGCUUAUGUGCGGGUACAUGUCCCACGGAUCUGUGCAUCCUCAUCCGAACGAUUGCGCACAGUAUGUUCGUUGCAAUGGCGGUCAACCGGUCACAACGACCUGUCCAGCUGGACACGUCUUGCACGCUAGCAGUGGAACUUGCCGGCCUGGCAAUAGCAAAACUUGUGAGAUCCUCGAAAACGUAUGUCACAAUCAAUCCAAUGGCACCGUAUUGGAGCAUCCCAGCCAUUGUGGGCAUUUCAUUGCGUGCCAAGGCGGCGCGAUGUCCAUAAAGCCGUGUCCCGUGGGAGAGAUCCUUCACCCGGACACUCAGCUGUGUGUGCCGGGAGAUGCAAACAGCUGCGAAUUUCAUCCCAUUGAUCGAAUGUGUUUAAACAAGGCUGAUAGCACACGCUUCCCGCAUCCUGCCGAAUGUGCACAGUUCGUAGCAUGCCAAGGCAAGAAGGCAGUUGUACAGAGUUGCCCUAGAGGAAGUGUCUACCAUGCGCAGACGCGUUCCUGCGUCCCAGGCAACGAGGCCACCUGCGAGCAGUUUGAUAACAUCUGUUCGGGACGUCAGAAUGAGCUCAUUCCUCAUCCGUUGCGGUGCUCAGCUUACAUUAACUGCACCUCGAACCAGGCAGCGUUCGAGCAGUGUGCCAUGGGAACUGUAUUCGAUCGAGAACUGAAAGGUUGCCUCUUGGGCAAUACGAAAACAUGCGUUCGGGUUGGUGGUUUGUGCGAACAGCAACCGAAUGGAACGAUGCUUGCACAUCCAAACGAGUGUGAUCUUUACAUCAGGUGUUUUGACCACAAGUCUUCCGCAUUACGCUGUCCAACUGGAGAUAUCUUCAACGCGAAAACACAAUUCUGUGCACCAGGAAACGCUGACACCUGUCAACUACAUCCCGUGCAGAAAAUCUGCAAAAAUAUGAGGGACAAAACCGUAUAUUCUCACCCAGAUGAUUGCACUCGCUUUAUAAAAUGCAACGUUGGCAAGGCAAUAGUGAACGAUUGUCCGGCGGGCGAAAUACUAGACGGUUUGUCUAAAUUAUGCAAACCUGGAAAUACGGAGACGUGCAAGCUCCUCGACAAAGUUUGUCGAGGGCGUCCAGAUGGAUUAGUAAUUGAGCAUCCCAGUAACUGUGGACACUACAUAAAAUGUCGAAAUGGAGCUGCGGCGGUUCAUUCGUGUUCCAAGGGCGAGAUCUUACGCUCAGACACGCAGGUCUGUGUGCCAGGAAAUGCAUCCACGUGUGAGUUUGAACCCAUCGAACGAGCUUGCACCGGGAAGUCUAAUGGUCGACUUUAUCCGCACCCUACCGAUUGCCAGUCGUACAUUCGUUGUGAAAGUUCCGCGGGAGUCGAGGAAAACUGUCCUCCCGGAACUAUCUUCCUGGCAACGACUCAAAGCUGUGUUGCCGGAAAUGGAAAUACCUGCGCAUUCCUCGACGAUACGUGCGUUGGUCGUGCUGACGGAGUUCUUGCCCAUCCACAGGGCUGUGGAAUGUUCCUCAUGUGUACUGCGGGUACCACCUCGGCUCUGAGCUGUCCAGAAGGAGAAAUGUUGCAUCCCGAGUUGCUCGUGUGUGCGGCGGGUAACGCUGAUGAUUGUACGCUGGCUCCGGUUACCACAGAGCCAGCUCCCAUAAUUUCAUCUGUUACACCAGCGGAGAAACGGAGAUCUUAA